UUUUGUCUCCUCACCUUUUUUCUUUUUUCGUUUUUUUUUUCUCAUUGCACUUUCCCUUGCACUAAAAAAAAAAAAAAACAAAAUUUUUUAAAAAAAUGUCUUAUAUUGGUGAUACGAGUACGGCUGCUGGUGCUGCCAAAUCCGCUGAUCGUAGUAAGCGUCGCUCUUUAGCUGCCCUUCAAAAGCCUAAGCGUGUUCGCAUUGGUGAAAAGGAAUCUGAAGAAGCCAAGCAAGUAUUGAAUAAACUGUUAUCUUGUACUGAUGAUGAGGAGCGAAAAAAACUGGCUGAAGAAGCAGCUGGUUUUGCUAAUCAUUAUGGUGUACGUGCCAUGAAAGCGUGUCAUAUUUUCCCUGCUAUCUCUACGGAACUCUUUGCAAAGAAAAUACGCUCUCCUCAAGUCUUGGGUGCUCUUGAACUCACUCAGUCUUUGGUUACGUCCAAUGCUCUCUUACGUGGUCAACUUGAACCUCAUUUGAUCACACUCUUGACACCCCUUUUGGAUCUUCAGGCUGCCAAGGAUAAAGCAGUAGCUGAAAUUGCUGGUCAUGUGGUACGCAAUCUCGUCAAGGCAUUCAAUCCCAUCGCUACACGCUAUAUUAUCUCUUUCUGUCUUGAAGGCUUGGAAAACUCUAAAAAAUGGCAAACCAAGAUUCUUUCUUUAGAGCUCUUGGAAACCUUGGCUCAAAUUAACCCUAUGCAAGUCUUGGUCUGUUUGCCCGAUCUUAUUCCUGUUGUGUCUGACUGUAUGUGGGAUACUAAGCCUGAAGUUAAGGCAGCUGCUACCAAGUGUAUGACUACCACGACUGCUCUCUUGGAUAACAGAGAUAUUGAACGUUUCAUUCCUGCUGUCAUCGAGUGUAUCAACAAACCCGAAAGUGUACCAGAAACCAUUCAUCAGUUGGGUGCGACUACUUUUGUUCAAGAAGUAGAUGCAGGUACAUUGGCUCUGAUGGUCCCUCUCUUGGGUCGUGGUUUACGCGAACGCCAAACACCUAUCAAACGUAAAUCUGCCUUGAUUAUUGAUAACAUGUGUAAGCUGGUGGAUGACCCUGAGGUGGCUGCUCCUUUCUUGCCUCUGUUGCUACCUGCACUUGAACAUGUGCAUGAGACCGUGGCUGAUCCUGAAUGUCGUGGUGUGGUCAAGAAGGCCGUGGACACGCUUAAACGUAUUGGUGGCGGUGGUACAACCGUCUUGACAGUCGAUGAAAAGCGUGAGAAGGUAGAACACACCCUGGAUAAAUUAAUGCCUACCAAACUCGAAGGCUUUUUCGCUCCUGUUCGCAAGUACAUGGCUAAACUUGCUUUGGCUCUUGUCUUGGCCCGUGAUUAUGAUCGUAACGCUUGGGUUUCUUCUAUUUCUCCUCAUGCGGCUACUUGGUUACUUGUCACAGGUCGUGAAACAGAAGACGGUGGUGAAGAAUGUGAAGCUUCUGCAGAAAAACUUGCCUUGGCUGCCCUAUCUUCUUGUGAAGAAGCGAUUGCGCCCAAAUCAGGUGAAGUAGAGGAAGAAGAAGAAGGUGAAGAGCUUUGUAACUGUGAAUUCUCACUUGCUUAUGGUGCCAAGAUCUUAUUGAACCGUACUCAUUUGCGUCUCAUGCGUGGCCGUCGUUAUGGACUCUGUGGUGCAAAUGGUUGUGGUAAAUCUACUUUGAUGCGUGCUAUUGCCAAUGAACAAGUCGAAGGUUUCCCUCCUCGAUCUGUUCUCAAGACGGUUUAUGUCGAGCAUGAUAUUGAUGGUUCUGAAGCUGACACAGGUCUUGUGGACUUUAUUGACGCUUCUGAAGGUGUUGAGUGCCAUGACAAGCAAGAAAUUGCUCGCAUUCUCAAGAACUAUGGUUUCACAGACGAAAUGGUCAACCAUCAAGCUAUUGGCUCCCUUUCUGGUGGCUGGAAAAUGAAACUUGCACUUGCCCGUGCCAUGUUGAUGAAUGCUGAUAUUCUCUUAUUGGAUGAACCUACUAACCAUCUGGAUGUUGUUAAUGUUGCUUGGUUAGAAAACUACCUCUUGGGUCUCAAGACAGUGACCUCCAUCAUUGUCUCUCACGAUUCUGGCUUCUUAGACCAUGUCUGUACGGACAUUAUUCACUAUGAAGGCAACUAUAAAUUGAAGCGAUACAAAGGUAACCUGUCAGAGUUUGUCAAGAAAGUCCCUCGUGCUGCUGCCUAUUACUCACUUGGUGCUGCUCAAACUGUCUUCCGAUUCCCUGAACCUGGUUAUCUUGAAGGCAUCAAGACCAAGGAACGUGCUAUUCUCAAGAUGAAAAAUGUUGAUUUCCAAUAUCCCGGUUCUUCUAAAAAGCAAUUAGUUGAUAUUUCUAUGCAAUGUUCCCUUGCUUCUCGUGUUGCUGUCAUUGGUCCUAACGGUGCAGGCAAGAGUACACUGAUCAAGCUUUUGACAGGUGAGCUUGAAUCUGAAGUUGGUACGGUCUGGAAGCACCCUAAUCUGCGUAUUGCUUAUGUUGCUCAACAUGCUUUCCAUCACAUUGAAAAGCAUUUGGAUUCUACCCCAAACGAAUACAUUCAAUGGCGUUAUGCUACAGGUGAAGAUCGUGAAGAACUUGACAAGAAUGAUCGUAUGAACGCUGAAUCCAACAAGAAAGUCAUGGAGCAGACCUUUGUGAUCGAUGGCGAGAAGCGUGUUGUGGAAGACAUUGUGGGUCGUCGUAAACUCAAACAGUCCUAUGAAUACGAAGUCUCUUGGGUGGGUCGUUCCUCUGUUGACAACACCUGGAUCUCUCGUCAAAAGUUGGAAGACAUGGGUUUUGGCAAAAAGAUUGCUGAAGUGGAUUCCGCUGAAGCUGCCAAGAUGGGAUUGAAUCGUCCUUUGACAGCCAAGGAAAUCGAAAAGCAUCUGGAAGAAGUCGGUCUUGAACCUGAGUUUGCUUCUCAUUCACAUAUCCGUGGUCUUUCUGGUGGUCAAAAGGUCAAGCUUGUCAUUGGUGCUGCUAUGUGGAACAAGCCUCACAUGUUGGUGCUUGAUGAACCUACCAAUUAUUUGGAUCGUGAAUCUCUCGGUGCACUUGCCACCGCUAUUCGCGAGUACGGUGGUGGUGUUGUGAUUGUGACUCACAACCGUGAGUUCUCUGAAGCUCUUUGUAAUGAAGUAUGGAAGGUAGAUAAUGGGUAUUUGACUCCUUCAGGUCAUAAUUGGGUGAGUGGUCAAGGCACGACUGCUAUCAAGGAAGAAGAGCAGGAAGAUAUGGUUGAUGCUCAAGGUAACACGAUUAAGGCCGCUCAAAAGAAGAAGAAGUUGACUUCAAAAGAACUUCGUAAGAAGAAGAAGGAGCGUAUGGAACGUCGUAAGCGUGGUGAAGAAGUCUAUACGACUGAUGAAGAAUUGUAAACUUGUCUAUACAUUGUUUUGCUUUUUUUGUUUCUUUUUAUAUACACACAUACUUUGCGUUUAUUUGUUUAUAAAUCAUCUCUUUUCUCUAUGAAAUAAACGCAGCAUCUCUUUCUCUCUUUUUACACAC